CCGUAACUACGCGUAACUGCGAUUUUUUCAUCGUAGUUGCGCGUAACUACGUCGCAAUUUUCCGCAAUUACGGGUCACAGUGCGAUCGCAGUUACGGCGUAACUGCGCCGCAGUUUCAUCGCAAUGAAACACAUGGGAUACUUCAUCUAUACAUUGAUGACUUUGUGAUAAUUUAUCUUGAUGAUAUUUUAAUUUACAGUAAAAAUGAACGUGAACAUCUGAAUCAUAUUAAAUUAAUUUUACAAUUGUUACGUGAUAAUCAAUUAUAUGUUAAUAAAGAAAAAUGUGAAUUUGGUGUCGAUCAGCUAAAUUUUCUUGGUCAUGUUGUCACAUCGAAUGGUAUCAAAGUCGAUGAAAAUAAAGUUAUUGUUGUAAAGAAUUGGCCAAUACCAAGUAAUGCAACGAAUGUACGAUCUUUCCUUGGUGCGGCAGAACAUGCAGCAUUUAUCACAUUAAAAGAAACAUUAUUAACAGCACCGGUCCUACGUCUACCUGAUUUUAAUUUAACAUUCAUCGUAGUUGCUGAUGCUUCUAUUAUUGCUGUUGGGGAUGUAUUAAUACAGGAUGAUGGUGAUGGUGAACGACCAAUAACUUAUGAAUCACGUAAAUUAAAUGAUGCCGAAUCUCGUUAUCCAGUACACGAGCAAGAAUUAUUGGCUAUUAUUAUUUGUUUGCGUACUUGGAAGUGUUAUCUUGAAGGUAUGACAUUCAUUAUACGUACAGAUCAUAAAUCAUUACAACAUAUAUCAAAACAAAAGCAUCUGUCACGUCGAAUGGUUCGUUAG